GAUUUUAGAGGCUAUCACUCAUUGUUAUCCUCGUUUGGAAAGGUCUUUCAUGUUGAACGCCGAUGGAAAUUAGUGCGGGAAAUGGGUUCUGGGGCAUAUGGGGUCGUUAUCUCAGCUGCUGACGAAAUAUCGGGAGAGACGGUGGCAAUCAAGCUCGUCACUCGAGUGUUUGAGAAGAUACAACUGGCGAAAAGGGCAUUGCGGGAGAUCACCCUUCUGCGACACUUUGCGAACCACGAAAACAUUACAGGGUUGAUAGACGUCGACGCGAUAUCCCCAGAUUUUAACGAGAUAUAUAUAUUCAUGGAGCCCAUGGAAGCGGAUCUGCAUCAAAUCAUCAAAUCUGGACAACAUUUGACUAACGAGCAUGUCCAGUAUUUUCUCUAUCAGAUUCUCCGAGGCAUGAAAUAUGUUCACUCCGCCUCUGUGAUACACCGAGAUCUCAAACCUGGCAAUUUGCUCGUAAACGCUGAUUGUGAACUCAAGAUAUGUGACUUUGGCUUGAGCAGAGGUUUUGAUGCACGACCAGACGAAUAUGCGUCGCAUCUUACCGAAUACGUCGCCACAAGAUGGUACAGAGCUCCAGAAAUUAUGCUUGCGUUCAGGCGAUACAACACUGCCAUCGAUGUCUGGUCAAUAGGUUGCAUCCUUGCAGAGCUUCUUCUUGGUAAACCGCUGUUCAAGGGCAAGGAUUACGUCGAUCAACUCAACAAAGUUCUGGAUGUCCUAGGAACCCCCGAUGAAAGUGUCAUUCGCAAGAUUGGAAGUGACAAGGCUCAAGCAUAUGUUCGUUCUCUGCCCUCCAAAAAGAGUGUGCCCUUGCGGAAAAUUUUACCGACAGCAGAUCCACAAGCCCUUGACUUGCUGAGCAAGAUGCUCGCGUUUGAUCCAAGUGACCGUAUCACGGUUCCUGAAGCUCUUGAGCAUCCAUGGUUAACAUCAUAUCAUGACAUUUCUGAUGAGCCAGAUUGCCCACAGAAGUUUGAGCGAUGGCGAGAGAUUGAGAAGUUGAACACCCUCGAAGAAUUCCGAGAGGCUCUUUGGAAUGAGAUCGAAGAUUAUCGCAAGGAAGUUAGG